AUGUCGGGUAGUGUUGUUGCCGCCCCGUUAUCAGGUGGAGGACAUUUGACUUCGACAAUUGGUUGCAUCCUCCAAGUUGAUUCAAAGUUCUAUGGGCUGACCGCUGGGCAUUUGCUUCCGCGAGCACGCCUGCAAGGGACAAAGAGCCCCCAGUCUGGUGACUCGCAUUGUAUAAACGGAAUGGAGUACACGCUACAGGGGCAAUAUGCGGCUUCAAUUAUCACACAAGCAAGGGCUACUCCGUCGGAUGAUGAAUCCAGCAUGGUUUCAGGCGAUGACAUGGCCGAAUCUGCCUACACAGCACACACUUCCCUUCCAGACUCGGACCUGAAUCAACAUAUGAUCGAUGGCAAUGGCACUGACGAUGAUGAUUUCGUGGAUGAUGUCGACUACGACGACUUGGUAGAGAAUGAUUGGGAGGCGCCAAGGGCUGCUGAAGAUGCUGAAACCCAAUCUAUCCUUUUUGAGAAUGGUCAGGCGCACAAGACCACCAUCCAUGCUCCGCCCAGCUGCUCGACAAUGGGCGCAUGUUGCAAAGUCCCGGACAAUGAUUGGGCUUUGGUAGCCUUGGAUGCAACAAAGCCUCAGUUACCCAAUGCCUUUUUAGACACCAACCAAAAGCCCGAUCCAGUCUUUUUCUCCAGCACUCCUGGAAAUUUACCUAAAGAAGAGAUUCCUGUCUUGAUAGUUACUUCAAACCAAAGAGUACUGAGGGGACUGCUUCAGCCCGUUCCGUCUUUCUUGGGAGGCAUAACCCGCAAGGUGCAGGCCGAGUACUGGACUGUGAUCUUGUCUAGAGGCGCAAUUCUGCACUCGGGGGACUCGGGAGCCAUCGUCAUAGGAGCCGAUAGUCCGAUUCUUGUUUUUGGUCAUGUCGUGGCGUCGAAUCCUCUUGGUGAGGUCUAUCGAGUUGAGCUUUUGGAGGCUGUCAAGGAUACUUUGCGUGUGGCGAAAGAUCCUACAAAGGUACGGCUUCUACAGAAGUUCUCGCCCGAUCAUUCAGAGAAAGUGCUAGGCUCCGACUUGGUGAUGCCUUUCGAGGCGGAAUCAACUGCCUUGUCGACGGCAAUGAAGAGUAGGACGUCUACUAUCUUCACUGAAGACACAGACGAUUCGGAUUAUGAGUUUGAUACUGCACAACAGGAAAGGAUAACCCCAAAGGAGCCUUGGAGUUGGCCCAGAAACAGUCUUGAUGCAGAUGGCUCUGCUUCAGAUGCUAUCACUAGACCCUCGGAGCAUGACUUUCAAAGUGAACAGACUGGGAGAGAUGGCAAAGUUGAUGACCAACGCUAUGUCCGAGUCGCAGACCAGUGGCGCUCUCCAGAAGGAGCUGGCCUAGCUAACCACAUCGAAGAGAACGUGGGCAUCACUCAAGAUCCUAGUGAACCAUCUCACCAAAGAGUCGAACCCGGUCAUGCUUUUACCCGUCAGCGGCGGCUUUCUAUCGAAGAAGACAUGUAUUACCAACAUAUCUUUCUAUCGCAACCACGUCUACCGCCUUCAUAUUCAGUCUGGGCGACUAGGCCUUCCCAAAGCAGCAUAAAUGGAGGUCUGUCUGGAACGCAAGCCCAAACCAGGGACCAGGAAAUAGCACCUUUCCCACACGAAACGCUGCCAGAGUACCGCUGCGAAAUCGAUCUAAAAGGUGUAUUCAUGCACAAGAUGGAAAUCAAGAACGCGAUCCAGCGAGCCGAAGAUCGCCAGUGGCGAAUGAUCUACGUUACUCUCCACGGCACGGCCCUGAACAUCUACAACGUCAAGAAGCGUUGGCAGUGGGGGCGAACCAAGGACGAGCCCAAUAUCAAUCCAGAUAAUCCGCCGUGGAUAGGCCAGGGGGACUUGGUGAAGAGUUAUAGCCUCCAGUAUGCCGACUGUGGCAUCGCGGCCGAUUACAAAAAGAAACGCUAUGUUAUCCGGCUGCGAGUGGAGACAGACCAGUUCUUAAUCUCUUCGGUCGAGCUUUCAACUUUUAACGCGUGGCUUGACGGGCUAAAUGCGGCCAUCAGUGUUGCGGCGCCCAUGGAAGACUGGGACUUUCCCCGUGACAUGAGCGUUCCGCGGAUACAGCGUAUUCGAUGGUUUCACGGUCAAGAGCCAGCACCGACCCCUGAUCUUGACCUGAGUCAAACUGAUUCGCCGCAAUUAAGCACAACAGCCGGGGACGACAGCGUAUCUGGCAGCAGUGAGACCACUACAACGAGAUUGCCUGACGUUGGAGCUGGCUUAUCCCUAUCCCGGCGCUCGACCGACUCAACCCCAAACAACUCGGUAGAUCCAGUGACGGGGAAAUGGGCACCGGAACGUCAAUGGUCGAGUGCACACGACAUGCUAUACGCUAAGCUGUGCUACCCUAAUCUGCUCUUCAGAAGCCCUCGGAAGAGCAGUUAUAUCAUCUCGAAUGGCAAGAAGUGGUAUGUCGACUGGAAAACGGGUAGGAUGGUGCCGACGUUGCCACCCGCGUAUGGAUGA